ACGUAUGGCGACUUUGACGUAUGGAAAAAAAUGUAUCACAUAACACAGUCGUAGUUGUAUUUUAUUUUAUUUGUUACUUAAUUGAAACGUAAAUUCGUUAAAUUUGUGGCCAACAGGCAGUUAAAAACAGCCGUUGAUGCCACCACCAAUACCAACUACGUCACUGUUCGCGAGACACACAAGUUAACUCCAUUGUAAAAUCGAUAUAAUCUAUAUGUACGUAUAAAACGAGCUUCGGAUACAAUUUAGCGAGCACGCGUUUCUUCGUGUGUAUUUUGCGUUGCGACGAUGCAUUCGCUUAAUUGGACGUCGCGUCUGAUAUCCCGGGCGUUACGUAGCAGCUUUUCGACACUGCUCGAUGCAACGACAUCCACAACGACGGGUGCAACAACUACAACAACCAAAGGUGCUGCUGGAAAGGCAACUGCAAAUCGAUCUCCUCGACCCCGAUUCGUUUCGGUGGUUUGUGGCUUUGCCAAGGACAAUCUGCGACACAAGUAUAAGCCAGGCAAAUAUGGUGAAGACUCGUGGUUCAAGGCAUCCACCGAUACAGCCGAUGUGAUGGGCGUGGCCGAUGGUGUGGGCGGCUGGCGAAGUUACGGCAUAGAUCCAGGAGAGUUCUCCUCCUUCCUCAUGCGCACCUGCGAACGCCUGGUGCGUUGCACUCACUUCAAUCCGCAGCGACCCGUCAACCUGCUUGCCUAUAGCUACUGCGAACUGAUGGAGCAAAAGAAACCCAUACUGGGCAGCAGCACAGCCUGUGUGCUGAUUCUCAAUCGCGAGACAAGCACUGUGCACACCGCCAACAUUGGCGACAGCGGUUUCAUUGUGGUGCGUGAAGGUGAAAUCGUUCACAAAUCGGAGGAGCAACAGCACUACUUUAAUACACCCUUCCAACUCUCGCUACCGCCCCCUGGGCAUGGUCCCAAUGUCCUCAGCGAUAGUCCCGAGUCAGCAGACACCAUGAGUUUCCCUGUUCAAGAGGGCGAUGUCAUACUGAUUGCUACCGACGGUGUCUUCGAUAACGUGCCCGAAGAUCUGAUGCUGCAGGUGUUGCGCGAUGUGGAAGGUGAACGUGAUCCUGUCAAGCUGCAGAUGACCGCCAACACAUUGGCCUUGAUGGCACGCACUCUGUCGCUCAACAGUGAAUUCCUUUCGCCCUUCGCCCUUAGUGCGCGACGCAACAAUAUUCAGGCACGUGGAGGCAAGCCCGACGACAUAACUGUGGUGCUCGCAACCGUGGCCAUGUGAAGAUUGGAUCAUGGUCGUUAGUCCUACCCCCUCCCAUACCCACUUUAGAUGUAAAUGUAAUUAAUUGUAGCUCGUACUCGUUUAGUUUAUAGGCGUGAGAAAAGAGUUUGUUCGGUAGUUUUGUCUAAGUUUUAAGCUGCAUGUUGAGAUUGAGGACGCUACACACUCGAUUGUUAGUUAACCCCCAGCCAUAAACACAUCCGCCCCACACACACUCGUCAAUAAUCCAUACUCUUUUUACGAAAUGAAGAAAAAACGCAUCCUGGUGAGCGACCUACAAAAACAAAUAAGUAAAGUCCGAAAGCGAAAAUCAUUUUGAAGCGAAUGCAAUGCCUUGAACUAUAUAUAUAUUAUAUGAAUAGUAUAAGUAGAAGUGCUUUCAAAAACGAAAUUAUCAGCCGAAAUGAUCGUUGUCGUCAAUGACAACGGUUACGACGAGUUCUAAUCAACAACAAUAAUAAUAAUAAUGCGCGACAUGCAAUACAUACUUACAUACCCACAAUACCUACUCACACCCCCACACAUACACAUACACAGUUGAGGAAGUUAAAAGUGUAAACGCUAUGCAAUUAUUGAACUGAGGAUUUAUCCAGGCUACGACUGUCUACAAACUGUUAGUCAAAUGUACUCACUGAUAUUGCGAUUCAAUAAUAAUAAUAAAAACUGAAAAAUUAUUCAAUGAAAAACGAUAAACUAA